UGUGGAAAGUGUAGAACAGUGUUGUGACAUUUUGGCAAGAUUUUUUAGUAGUCCUGUAAAAUAUCAGAGUUUUCGUCUGUUUCCCCUGCAAAAUCCGAUAAUUUUCUACUUAGACAGAAUGGAGGUUGAUGAAGAUGAGUUCGAGCAGCCCACGUCCAGCAGUAAUAAGGGCGAGAAGAAGAGAUUUGAGGUGAAAAAGUGGAAUGCCGUGGCAUUGUGGGCGUGGGACAUCGUUGUGGACAACUGCGCUAUUUGCCGGAAUCACAUCAUGGAUCUCUGCAUUGAGUGUCAGGCCAAUCAGGCCUCCGCCACCAGCGAAGAGUGCACAGUGGCCUGGGGAGUGUGUAAUCACGCUUUUCACUUCCACUGCAUCUCGCGCUGGCUGAAGACGCGCCAGGUCUGCCCGCUGGACAACCGAGAGUGGGAAUUCCAGAAGUACGGCCACUAAACAGCCCCACAUGCGAUUAUUUCUCAAUAAAGCACAUUAAUUUGCCGCGUGAAACUGCAUUUUGGCAAGUAUGAAAGAAUCCGCUCUCGAGGAAAUUGAAGACAAAACGGUGGAUUUGCCUUGGAUGAAU